GCCGCCCGGCGCUGGGGGAAGGAAUGCGGAUCUCGCGGCCGCACCGCCCCCGGCUCACGGGGGCGGGGCGGGAAGGAAGGAGAAUGUACUGGACGGAGCGGAGUACGGGCGCUGGGCGAGGUGGUAGCGUUCUGCGCCGGGUUACGUGAGGGCAGAGGAGGGAAGACAGACACUCGGUGGAAAAAGCGUGCUUGGUGCUUCUCACCGGAGCGCCUUCGGAAAGGUUUCGGUCCCCCACCCCUUCAUAGUAAAGUGAUAUUGACUUGUUUCAAGUGACCGAAAACAGUUUCUGUCCGUCCCCGGGGGCGAUGUCCCAGGCGCUAGCGAAAGAGGUCCCGCAGGAGGAGGGCGAGAGGGGCUCUCGGAGAAGCAGCUGGGGGCUGCUGGUCACGGCCGGUGUGGGAGGGACCUUGGUGGCCCUCUAUGCUGUGGCCACCCCCUUCGUGACCCCGGCCCUGAGGAAGGUGUGCCUGCCCUUCGUUCCUGCAACCGCCGCUCAGAUCCAGAAUGUGCUGAAAAUGUUGGAAAACAGAAAUGGCUCCCUAGUUGACAUUGGUAGCGGAGAUGGCCGUGUUGUGAUAGCAGCUGCAAAAAAGGGAUUCCAGGCUGUCGGUUAUGAAUUGAAUCCCUGGCUAGUCUGGUACUCCAGAUAUUGUGCCUGGAGAGAUGGAGUACAUCAGAACACCAAAUUUUAUAUUUCAGAUUUAUGGAAGGUUUCUUUUUCCCAUUAUAGAAAUGUUGUUGUUUUUGGAGUACCUCAAAUGAUGCCACAGCUGGAGAAGAAGCUGGAAGAAGAACUUGAAUGCCAUGCCAGAGUCAUUGCCUGUCGCUUCCCUUUCCCUUGCUGGAUUCCAGAUCAUACUACUGGAGAGGGAAUAGACACUGUGUGGGCCUAUGAUUUGAAACAUUCUAGAAGAUGUGAAACAAAAAGCUUGGAAAUUACACCAGAGACAGAAUCUUAAACAUCUAAUUUGGUUUCUUACAGAAAUUUUUGUCUUUGACUGGACCUGUUGAAGAUAAGAUUAAUGUGGAGAGAGUCCUGGCAUAUGAAGAUGUGUAUUCACCAUAAAAACUGAAGUACAGUGGUUGUCUGAAAGUACACAAAGGUUUCUGAAAAGGUGUAGUUAAAUGACUUAAUACAGUGUCCUGGUUUAACCCCAUCUAGCAGUGAAGUACCACACAGAUGUUCACUCACCCAUACUCCCCCAGUAGGAUGGGAAAGAAAACUGAAAAAAAAGGUCAUACCCAUGACCAUGGAUUGAGAUAGGAAUAAUUUAAUAAUUUAUAUAAAUUUACUACUAAUACUAACAACAAGAGAAGAAAAACCCAAGAAAGCUGAGUGAUGCACUGUACCCUUGCUCACCACCCACUGAUGGAUGCCCACUCCAUCCCAUAGCAGCAACUGGUCCCUCCUUGCCAACUCUCCAAUUUAUAUACUGGACAUGAUGUUCUAUGGUGUGGAAUGUCCUUUUGGCCAGUUUGAGUCAGCUGUCCUGGCCAUGCUUCCUCCUAGCAUCUUGCAUACCUCCUUGUUGGCAGAGCAUGAGAAACUGAAAAGGCUUGGAUUAAGUACUGUUCAGCAUCAAGUAAAACCAUCAGUGUGUUAUCAGCUUUAGUCUGUUCUAAAUCCAAACCACAGUGCUGUACCAGCUAUCAGGAAGAAAACUAACUCCCAGCUGAAAGCAGAAUAUGUAGUUAGUCAAAAUUACAAAAACGUUUUUAUAGAAGUGGAAAACUUCAAUAUGAAAAAGCAAAUUAGGCUGGUCUGUUGUGAUAGAUCGGCAUUUAAGAAAACAAA